UUUUCUGGAAUAGAAAAGGGGAAUUUUUCUGUGAUGAAAUGAAAAUCCUCUUCAGAUACCAGAGAUCUGAUGAAUGAUUAACUUAGAGAAAUUUUGCUAGCAAAUUCCAUUUCCAGACUUGGAGGCUACCAGAACACCAAAAGGCUUGUCUCCCCAUCAGCCUCAGCUGCUCAGGUCAAACAUGAAUCUUCUUGGUAUUUUCUUAUUUCUGGCAUUUUGUGGAAGAGGUUUGACUCAGGAGCAAACUUACGUCGUUUCUUCGCCCAAAAUGUUCCGCGUUGGGGCCUCUGAGAUGGUGGUGAUUCAAGCCUUUGGAUAUGAGCAAGAGUUUCCAGUCACAAUAUCUGUGAAAAGCUUUCCAGAUAAGCAAACUACUUUUGCCUCUGGUCGUGUUCAGUUGACACCUGCCAAUAAGUUUCAAGGAGCUGUAACGUUAACGAUUCAGCCAAAAGAUUUGUCAAGCAGAGACCCAAAGAAUUCAGUUGGGCAUGUGUAUUUGGAAGCCAUUUCUCCACACUUUACAAGAGAGAAGAAAAUGCCUAUUACAUAUGAGAACGGCUUUCUCUUUAUUCAGACUGACAAACCUGUUUACACCCCGGAUCAGUCAGUCAAGGUCAGGGUCUAUUCUUUGAAUGAAGAACUGAAGCCAGCACGGAGAUCUGCCACCUUAACAUUUGUGGAUCCUGAUGGAGUAGAAGUGGAUAUUGUCGAGGAAGAGGACGUCACCGGGAUUUUAUCUUUCCCUGACUUCAAAAUCCCACCAUAUCCUAAGUAUGGUUAUUGGACAAUAAAAGCCAAGUAUCAAAAGGAUUUCACAACCUCUGCCAAAACAGGGUUUCAAGUUAAAGAAUAUGCGUUGCCAAGCUUCUCUGUCAUGAUAGAACCAGAAAGGAAUUUUAUAAGCUCUCAGCAAUUUGAACAAUUCAGGAUCAUUAUUAAAGCGAGAUAUUUUUACAACAAGAGAUUGGCUAAUGCUCAAGUUUAUGUCCGUUUUGGAAUAAUUCAAGGAGCUGAAAAAAAGAUGCUUCCCAGAGCAUUGCAACUCAUUGAGAUGGAGAAUGGAUUAGCAGAGUGCAAUUUUAACAGCAAAGUGGCUGUUGGUGAGAUAGGGUACAGCAGUCUCCAAGAGCUCGAUGGCGCAACACUUUAUAUUGCAGCUUCAGUGCUGGAAUCCACAGGUGGCCAUAGCGAAGACAGUGAACUUUUCAGUGUCCAGUAUGUUCUGUCACCUUACAAACUCAAUUUGGUUGCCACUCCUCUCUUUGUGAAGCCUGGACUCCCCUUCUAUAUUAAGGUGCAGGUGAAGGAUACGGCAGGUGCCCCUGCUAGAAACAUACCCAUUGCCUUCACGGCUACUGCCUUCAACGAGCAAAUGGAAGAGAACGUGUUAGUUCAAGAAGGUGCAGAAUCUGGGAGAAGGCAAACAAGCCAGAACGACGGGACAGCUUUAUUUGUGGUUAAUAUUCCUUCUGACUGCAAAGUGCUGGAGUUUCGAAUAAAAACCGCAGAUACCAGUUUACCAGAAGAAAACCAGGCCAGUGAAAGCUACGAGGCAAAGUCAUAUGCUUCCCUCAGUGGAAGUUACCUGUACAUCGACUGGGCUUCAAACCACCAAUUGCUACGUGUGGGUGAUACCCUUCAUAUCAACAUACACCCAUCAAGCCACUACCUGGAUAAAAUACAUCACUAUAGCUAUGUGAUCUUAUCCAAAGGGAAAAUAAUAGCCCAUGGGACUCAGGAGAGAGUUAAAGACUCCACUUAUCAAAGUCUAAGAUUUCAGCUAACGAAGGAAAUGGUCCCUUCAGCCCGCCUACUUGUCUACUACAUAGUUACAGGAGAGGGAGCUGCAGAGUUGGUAGCUGAUUCAGUCUGGUUAAAUGUAGAACAGAAAUGUGGAAACAGCCUUGAGGUUAAAUUAUCAACAAGUGAAAGGUCACACAGCCCAGGAGAUUCCGUUUCGCUUUCUUUGAAAACCCAGUUUGACUCUUUGGUUGCUUUGUCGUCUAUGGACGUGGCAAUUUAUGGCAUCACAAGAACGAAGACAAGGCCCAUGGAAAGAGCACUUUUGCAGUUGGAAACAAGUGACCUUGGGUGUGGCGCUGGUGGGGGACAAAGCAACGUGGACGUGUUUCGAAGGGCUGGACUCACCUUCCUGACCAAUGCCAAUGCGGAUGAUUCAAAAGAAACAGAUGAAGCUUGUCAAUCUGUUGUAAGAUCCUCACGGUCCACCAUCGAAGAGGAAAUUGACAAAAUGGUAAAGUUCUUUAAAAAGCAAGAGCUUCGGAACUGCUGUAGAACUGGAGCAGAACUGUAUCCCAUCAUGCAAACUUGCACUGAGAGAGCCAGCCGCAUUAAGUCUGGUGGACGCCUUUGCAUAUCAGCCUUUAAGCGCUGCUGCGAAUCUGCAGAAAACCUGCGCCGGAAUGAAACUCACAAGGUUUUAAUACUGGCGAGAAAAGCCCUUGAUGCCAUGUUGGAUUUGGACCCAGAGAUCCGAAGCUAUUUUCCCGAAAGCUGGCUUUGGGAGGUUCACCCAGUUCACAGUUCAAAGGCUCUUCCUGUGACACUGCCAGAUUCUAUCACCACCUGGGAAAUACAAGGAGUUAGCAUUUCAGACAAAGGUAUCUGUGUUGCUGAUGCACUUCAGGUGCAGGUAAUGAAAAACGUCUUCAUAGAUGUGCAUAUUCCCUACUCUGUUGUCCGUGGAGAACAAAUAGAACUGAGAGGAUCUGUUUACAAUUACAAAGGUUCCAGAACCAUGUAUUGCACUAAGGUAUCUGUGGGUGAAGGCAUUUGCCUUUUUGGAGGCUCCAGCACUGGACAGCAAGGUAUCCAAGAAACCAGUUGCAGGCGUCGGGAACUCCAGGGAUCAUCAGUUGCCUUAGCAACAUUCAAGAUUCUUCCUCUGGAGACAGGCCUCCACACCAUCAACUUCACACUGAAGGGUGAUUCUGUCAAUGAAGUCCUUGUGAGAACAUUAAGAGUUGUGCCUGAAGGGAUACGAAAGGAAAUUCACGAAGGUCAGACACUGGACCCACAGGGUGUUUAUGGGACAGUGGAAAGACAGCAGGAGUUCCGUUACAGGAUACCAUCAAACAUGGUCCCCAAGACAAAAGUUGAGAGGACUCUGAAUAUAAAAGGAAUUCUUCUAGGUGAAGUGAUUAAUGUAGCUGUCAGCCCAGAAGGGCUAAAUCUUCUUGUCAACCUCCCAAAGGGGAGUGCAGAAACUGAGCUUAUGAAUGUUGUGCCAAUCUUUUAUGCCUAUGACUACCUGGAAAAGACAGACAGCUGGGACAUACUUGGCCCAGAGACCAUCACUCCAAAAGUUAACCUGAGGAGGAAGAUGAAAGAAGGACUUGUCAGCAUCCUGUCAUUCCAGAAAAAAGAUUUCUCAUACAGUAUGUGGGAGAAUGGAGAGCCCAGUGCCUGGCUGACAGCUUUUGCCUUAAGGAUUUUGGGACAAGUGAGCCAGUAUGUGGCUGUUGAUAAGAAUUCUGUGUGCAAUUCUCUGACGUGGAUGAUUGACAACUGUCAAAUGGCAGAUGGAUCUUUCAGGGAGAUUUCAAGCUACCAACCUGUAAAACUACAGGGUACACUACCUAAGGAACAGAAAGAAAAGACUUUGUAUCUCACCGCUUUCUCCCUGAUUGGAUUUGAAAAAUCAGUUCAUAUCUGCCCAUUGCAGAGAAUUGAAGAUGCAAAAAACAGAGCUAAAGAUUACUUGCUACAGAAUUUUCAUUCUGUACAAAGCACAUUUUCCUUGGCAAUAGUUACUUACGCACUCACUCUGGCAAGAUCCAGGCAGCCUGGCACACACGCAGCCUACCGUGCACUGAAGAGGGAAGCCCUUGUGAAAGCAGGCCCACCGUUGUACCGCUAUUGGAAAGAAACUCUCAACAAAUUAGAUCAAAACGCUCCGUCAGAGAACACUGCCAGGAUGGUUGAAACUACAGCUUAUGCCUUGCUUGCCGCUCUACUGCAAGGAGACAAAGACUACGCUACUCCAAUCAUCAGGUGGUUGUCGGAACAGCAGAGAUACGGCGGUGGAUUUUACUCCACACAGGACACAAUCACUGCUCUUGAAGCCCUGACCGAAUAUUCCAUCCUCAUUAAGCGGAUGACACUGUUCAUGAACAUCAAAGUGGCCUACAAGAACCAUGGAGAUUUCCAUCAGUACAGGCUUACAAAAAACAAUUAUGUUGGCAAGUCUGUGGAAGCUCCCUUGAAUGAUGACUUAGAGGUUCGCACAGGCAGCAACACCGGCCUAGCAACAGUGAAUGUGAGGAGCGUAUAUUAUAAAAUCAGCACCUCUGAAGAUAUUUGUAACUUUGAGCUGAAGAUUGCUAUCAAGUCACCAUCUGAAAUGAAUAUCGACGGGAGGGGCCCUUCCUACAGCUACUCGGAUGAAACAAAGCACUUGACGGCCUGUGCAAAGUACAAGCCUAGCAGGGGAGAACCCCAGUCUGCCUCCUCCCAUGCCGUGAUGGAUAUAUCUCUUAUCAGUGGAUUGGAAGCAAACACAGAAGACUUAUCUAUUCUUGCGGAUAACAUUGACCAGUUGAUUGCAAGCUAUGAGAUAACCAAUGGACAUGUCGUGGUGCAAAUAGACUCGAUUCCAGCAAAUGAAUUUCUGUGCAUUGGGUUCCGAGUAACAGAAGUAUUCCGUGUUGGAAUGGCAAGCCCAGGAAUCUUCACAGUGUAUGAAUACCACACCCCUGAUAAACAGUGCUCUGUAUUUUACAAUCCUUAUGGAGAAGACUCACUCGUAAGACUCUGUGAAGGGGUAGAGUGCAAAUGUAUGGAAGCGGAAUGUGGCCGCAUGCAGAAAAGACUGGAUGGGUCUAUAAGUUUCAAUUCUCGGAAUGAAGUGGCAUGCCAGAAGGACAUUGCAUAUGUCUAUAAAGUGAACAUCCUGUCCUCCCAGCCAGAAGGAAGCUUUGUUAAAUACACUGCAACUGUCCUAGAUCUCUAUAAAAGAGGGGAGGCUUUUGCUCAGAAGAACUCAGAAGUCAUCUUCAUUAAAAAGAAUUCAUGUGUCGAUGUUCAGCUUAAUCCAGGAGAGAAUUACUUGAUCAUGGGGAAAGAGGCCUUGAAGAUAGGAGAUGGUGCCAAUUCCAGAUACCAGUAUCCAUUAGAUGCCAUGACCUGGAUUGAAUGGUGGCCUACUGAUUCAUCUUGUGCUUUGUGCCAUGACUUUGUAGAAUCAAUGGAGGAUUUUGUGGAAGAUCUCUUUAUCAAUGGUUGUUAAACUACUAA